GAUCCCCUUUGGGCUAUUUUGUCGGUGUUGUUGUUUCGAGCGGAACGGGAACGACGAGAUCGAGUGGUCACUGGCUGGUGGCGUCGGUGUCUCAGACUCGAUUGCCAGGGCGGCCAGGUCCCUGGGCUACCUAUCAAGGCGAGCAUUGAAACAAUUGGAAAGGGCCGGUGACGGGUGGAGCGUUUGUGCCAAUUGCCGGCACACAACAGAGACGGCUGUGUUAAGACUUGUUCGACCGUCAGUCGACGACUCACCUUCAUCAUGUCGGCCUCGGCCAUCUACAUCCUGGACCUCAAGGGCAAGGCCUUGAUCUCGCGCGACUACCGUGGUGACUUGCCGCGCAACUGCAUUGACGAGUUUUUGGCCCUAGCCCUUGACAAUGAGGACGAAGGCGUUGCAACGCCCAUUGUUUCAAGCGACAAGGCCAACUACAUGUACAUCAAACACGAGAACCUCUACGUGGUGGCUGCUAGCAAGAAGAACGCCAACGCCGCGCUAGUCUUUGUGUUCCUUCACCGCCUGGUCGAGAUUCUGAUUGACUAUUUUACAACGCUGGAGGAGGAAUCCAUUCGCGACAACUUUGUCAUCAUCUACGAGCUCCUUGACGAGCUAAUGGACUUUGGUUAUCCGCAAUUCACCGAGUCUCAGAUUUUGCAGACAUACAUUACACAGACGGGCCGCAAGCUGGAGGCGGCGGCACCUCGCCCACCCAUGGCCGUGACCAAUGCUGUCUCGUGGCGCGCGGAUGGCAUCAAGCACCGCAAGAACGAGGUAUUUUUGGAUGUGGUCGAAUCGAUCAAUCUACUGGUCAGCGCCAGCGGCAAUGUGCUGCACUCGGACAUUGCGGGCUCGGUGCAAAUGCGCGUUCAGCUCAGCGGCAUGCCCGAGCUGAGACUGGGUCUGAACGACAAGGUCGUCUUUGAGUCGACGGGUCGCCGCGGCGGCAAGGGCAAGAGUGUGGAGUUGGAAGACGUCAAGUUUCAUCAAUGCGUGCGGUUAUCACGAUUUGACACGGAUCACACGAUCAGCUUUGUGCCGCCCGAGGGCGAGUUUGAGCUCAUGUCCUAUCGACUGACGCAACAUGUCAAGCCAUUGAUCUGGAUUGAGAGUGUGAUUGAGCGUCAUUCGCACUCGCGCGUCGAGUACAUGAUCAAGGCCAAAUCCAACUUUAAGCGUCGCUCGACGGCCAACAACGUGCAGAUUAUCGUGCCCGUGCCUGCGGAUGCGGACACGCCAACGUUCAAGACAGUCAUGGGCACGUGCAAGUAUGCGCCAGAGUUGUCGGCCGUGGUCUGGACCAUCAAGCAGUUUCCCGGUGGCAAAGAGUUUAUGAUGCGCGCCCACUUCAACCUGCCCUCGGUCGAGUCGGAGGAGGCCGAAUCUCGCCCUCCGAUCCAAGUGAAGUUUGAGAUUCCCUACUUUACCACCUCGGGCAUCCAGGUGCGCUAUCUUAAGAUUAUCGAGAAGAGCGGUUAUCAGGCGUUGCCGUGGGUGCGCUACAUCACCAUGAACGGCGACUACCAAAUUCGUACGACCUAGGCGACAGAGGGCCCAGGGCACUGUGGCGCUGCUGUCCCAAUGCUCUCGCUCCAUCUAGCCUCUCUUGCUUGUGUCAUGCGCGACUGUCUGUGUCUUAUUUCUUUUUGUCCGUGGUGCUUGGUGGGUUUGAUGGCGCGCGAGAUUGGCGAGAGAGGAUGGCUUGUGUUUUCUGUGUAAGCAAUCC